CUUGGUUUCGGCUUACUGCGCGUGCGCACAAGUGAUUUGCCAUCAUGGCGGCGUCGUUACUAAAAUAUGAGUUUAUUUUGGACGUUUGAAAGACUCCAGAAAAUAGAAACCCCAAUAAGAACAUGCAUAGCGAAAAGAAAUUAACGAAGGAAGACACAUGGAGACCAGCUGACCUGACAAGACACAUAAGGGAGGAGGGUGAUGACAAUGAGAGAAGGCGUCGCGGUGGGGAAUCCGUGGAGAGACGCCGCAGGGACCCAGAGAAGGCGUCCAGACAAGAGAGGGACAAGCCCAGGGAGAUAUCGAGGGAGAAAAGACAUGAAGACCAAAAGUACAGAUAUUCCGAUCGGCGCAAGGAGGGCUCGCGGGAUAGGAGAGGUGAUAAGGACCAGGAAAGAAAGGAUGACAGGGAGACGAAAAGGGAAAGAGACAAGUUGGUAGCUGGGCAGAGGUACGACGAUGAUUACAAGAGGCGUGAUAGAGAGGACAAGCAGGACAAAGAGAAGGACAAGGAAAGACGCAGAGAGAAGGAGAAAGACAGGGAAAGGGAUAAAGAGAGACACAAUGAGGGGCAAAGGGACAAGAGAGGGGGAGAGAGAGAAAAGGAGAGACGGACUGAAGAGCGGGACAAGGAGCACAGGAGAGGAGAAAGGGAUCGGAUGGAAAAGCCCGAAAGAGAAAAGACAGAUCGGCAUCUAGGGAGUGAACGACACAAAGACGAAUACAGAGACCACAGGAAAGACAAAGAAAGACGAGAGAGACAUGGAGACAAAAAGGAUUUGGAAGCGAAGGACGAAAGUGAGCGCACAGAAGAAAAGAGGAGACACAAAGAGGAGCGAGAAAGAAGACACAGAGAAAGAGAAUACCAGGAUGAAAAGCGAAAGCGUGACAGCGAAUCCAGGGAGAAGCGAGACUCGAAGGGUUCAGGUGAAGAGGUCAGGCGUCACCGCGGCGACAGAGAGCGAGCGGAGCGGGACAAACGCAAGCAGGGAAGGCAGAGAGAGGAAGACAAGGAGGGAGAGGAGGAACCGCAGGGCAAUCCUCACAGAGACGGGGUCAGCUCCAAGAAACCAGCAUCUGACAAGAGUCAUAAGCAGGACCCCAAAACGGAGGCUGCCGAGGAUGAAGUUUCGGCUGACCAGGAAUAUGAAGAUGACUUUGAGAAAGCGGAAUAUGAGGAGGACUUUGAGGAGAUGGAUGAAAGCCCAGGCGAAGGUGCGGACGAGGGGGAGCAACGGCAUCCAGCGGCGGGGGAAGAGAGGGAGGAACUUUCAGCACAAAGGAGAAAGGAAAUUGAAGCGAUUCAGCGAGCCAUGGACGAAGAGAACCAGAGAGUUGGAGCAGCUCAGUCCAGACAAACUGUGAGCACAGAGGAGGAAGAGACGCCCAGAGGAUCAGAAAUGGGCCCGAAGAGGGAGGGAGCGUCCCAACGUGGAAAGUUUAUCGACUUUGUAGCCGCGAAGCAGCGUGAAGUCAGCAAGAAAGUUUCCACCAAACAGAAGAAACGCAGUACAGAGCUCCUCCGCUUGAUUGAUCUGGACUUCUCGAUGACGGCCUCUCUUUUGGAUCUGCCCCCGGUGAAUGAAUACGACAUGUACAUCAGGACCUUUGGAGCGGCAAACACCAGGCAGGCUUACGUUCAGUGUAACGAGGACAACGCUGACAGAGACGUCCAGACGGAGGAGAUAGAGGUGUGUGAGAAGUGGACGCAGCAUCCUCCGGAGCACAAGGGAGCCUGUGGAGAUCCAAACCUCUCCCAUGAAGCACGAAACAAAGGUGAAAUGAGCUUCGAUUCGCAGCGUCUGACAGCGUUUCUGCGCUCAGCCUCCCAGGUCAUGGUCAUCCUGUUGGAGGAGGAUCGAGCGGAGAGAAAAUCCCUCAGGAAGCUGAGCUCUCAAACCGACACGCCGUCUUUCAGCGAUGGAAGUUUACAGCUCAACACCAAUUUGUCCUUUCUUUACGGUCGGCGCAUUAGCCUGGUGCACUUCUCUCAGGCCCAGAGGCACACCAUGAUGUCCGUCCACAGCCCGACCACCGAGCCCAGCGCGGUGCGUCUCGACGGCUGCACCGUCAUCUGCAUCUGGAACAUCUGGGAGCCGUCCAGACCCCAAAAAGUCCUCGUCUACGAAUCCGAGGUGCAGUGUUGCUGCUUCAGCCCCGGAAAGGCCAUCUUGGUGUUUGCAGGCACAUCCGUGGGCUCCGUGGUGCUGUGGGACCUCAGGGAGCACGCCGGUGCCCAUUACCGCCUGACGAUUGGGGAAGAGGAAUGGGCUUUCCGGCAGCCCACCUUCUCCACUGACGCAGUGAUGGCCGGCUCGAGCCAUUUCUCAUCGGUGACAUCUGUAGAAGUCGUCCCCUCCACUGCACCGGGGGGGCUGAGGCCAGAGGUCCCCCUUUUGGCAUCCGUAGAAGAGUCGUCAAGGUUGUCCUUCCAGCUGGCCUCUCUGGAUGAAAUGGGCGUUCUGAAUUUCUGGGUGGUAGUGGAACUCCCAAAAGCCAACGAGGCAGGCUCCCCAACUGAUCUAGGGCUCAGGCCUGGCGGGAAAGUAAAGCUACUUCACAGCUCCCGCCUCCUCACCGCUGACAGGGUAUCGCCACGAGAUGCCGCAAAAGCAGGUCCGCUGCAGACGCUUCUCUUAAGAUUCCUCCCAACGGACUCCAAUCAUUUCUUUAUCGGCACCAACAUGGGUCUGGUCAAUCAUGAAACUAGUCACGGUUUAAAAGCCCCACCAAAGUUUUACAGGUUCCAGGAGGCUGGAGUCCGACCUAUUGAUGUCACCUCCAUCCACUUUUCUCCAUUCAGGCAACAGUUGUUCUUGGUGGGAUGCGGAGACGGCAGCAUCAGGCUGCAUCAGGUCAGCCGUGAGCAUCCCGUAGCAGAGUGGAAGAACGGUACAGCUGGUGAAGCGGUGGUCUCGCUACACUGGACGUGGACCAGACCUGCGGUCUUCUGUGUGCUGGACGCAGCCUCGACCCUCCACAUAUGGGACCUGGUGAAAAACGACGCAGAGCCCGUGGUCACCGAAAGGAUGGACUCGGACAGGGUAACGGCCGUGACUGUGUUUGGAGACUCGGGACAACAGAGCAUAUAUUCAGGAAUUGCACUUGCACACGAGUCAGGAAAGAUAGAAAUGCAGUAUUUCUCAAGACAUUUUACUGUACACAUUGAAGGAGAAGAGGAGAAGUUGGAGAGUAUGAUGGCUGAAGGCUUCUGAAACACUGAAGUGUUUGUGCUAAUUAAAAAUAUAUUAAAACUCUGGAAAAACAAAAAGGGUCAAUUUAUGAAUCGAUUUUUUGUUAGUCAGUUUGUAUACUCUUUCAUUAGUUUUUUCCAUGUUGCUAAAAAAUGUACAGGAACAUGAAAAUAGUGUGACUGGAAACCAAAGAUCCUCUAAAGGGGAUAAAUAUCCUCCAUAAAUCAUAAGAACUAUUAUAUCAAUAUUUGAUAAUGGAAUUAUUUCUACUGUUAGAUGCAAAAUAUUUGUUUGUUAUUAUCAACUUUCGAUUUUUAUAUAAUAAACUGCCUAUAUCUGUG